AGCCUGUGAUGCAGCUCUACAGUGUGGUAGGAAGAGAAAGGGGCUUAGUUAGAGGCUGGACGGGUUCAUUGACCAGCGUUUCACUGCAGGUCACGGCAGGACACAGGAGCAACAGGCUGUCAGUGAGAGAUUGAAUCCAGCAGUCACAAUGGCAGACAGUGGGAAGACUAAUGAGAGUGGAACUGCAGCAGCAGAAGCAGCUAAUGGAGACCAGCAGAAUGUUGUUUCCCGAGUGAGCAACUUGCCCCUGGUCAGUUCAGCUUGUGAGGUGGUUUCCAGCGCCUACAGUAGCACCAAAGACAAUGUGCCCUUGCUGAAGGGAGUGAUGGAUGCAGCAGAAAGUGGGGCCCGAACUCUUGGAACAGCUGCCACCACCGGGUCCAAGCCUCUUUUGGACAUUAUAGAACCACAGCUCUCCACAGUAAAUCAGUAUGCAUUGAAAGGACUUGAAAAGAUGGAAGAGAAGCUGCCCAUUCUUCACCAACCAGCAGACAAGGUGGUGUCGGACACAGUCGGUAUGGUGUACCAGUCGGUGGCAGGCGCCAAAGAUGCUGUGGUGGGGGCUGUGAUGGGUGGUGUCGAGCUGACCCGGGCAGCAGUCAGCGGAGGUAUCAGCACCGUCAUGGGCACCAGGAUGGGCCAGAUGGUCAGCAGUGGGAUGGGCCUGGCCCUCAGCCGAUCCGAGGACUGGGUCGACCAGAACCUACCAGUCACUGAGAGGGAGCUGGCUGCUGUAGCUGAACCUGCCACCGGUGAGGUGACUACCACAUCAGACAGUCCCAGCUACUUUGUCCGCUUGGGGAAACUUUCUGCCAAGGUACAGGAGCGAGCCCUACAGCAGUCCCUGGUCCGUGCACGGAAUGCCAAGGAUGCCACCUAUGCUGCAGUGGCUCAGAUUACCAGUACUCUGGACCUGCUAGAGAGUGCCCGUACCAGCCUGGGUACCGCCAGUAACCAGAUAGGAGGAGCCUCAGAGCAGCUGCUGCAGCGCUGGACAGAGUGGAAGCAGAAGCAGGCUGGAGCUGGACAGACUGAGUCAGACCCAGAUGGGACCAAAGAUGAAUCUGAGCAGCUGGAAUGGCGGACCCUCACCAUGGUGCGUGGUCUGAGUGAGCAGCUGAAGUCAGCGUGCUCCAAUGUGGUUUCAAGUGCUCAGGGUUUGCCUGGUGCAGUCCAGGACCAGCUAACCAGCGCAAGGCGAUCAGCUGAAGAACUGCACUCCUCUCUGGGGAGUGCCAGCACUCUCACUCCCCUCCUUCUGGAGCGGAGCCGUUACCACCUGACCCAGGUUCAACAGUCUCUGGAUGGUGUCAUGGAGUAUCUACUGAACAACACACCACUCAACUGGCUGGUUGGACCCUUUGCCCCUCAGAUCACUGAAAAGCCAGAGAGAGAUGUGGCGAUGGAGCAGGAUGGCCAGAACAACUAGACUUCAAGACUUAGUUGUGAUUCUCCAUAAGUUGAUAAUCAAUGUGGUGACACAAGGCUGAAGUUCACUGUAGGUGGACCAUUUUAAAAUGCAUUUACAUGUGCUUGCUUUAAUGAAAGAGGCCUUAAAUUCAUUUAAUCAAUGUUGCCUUCAUGAUUCACAAAAUUUGAAUUUACUAAAUAAUGACACUACAUUUGUGAUGAAAAAGUUGGAAUUUAAUUCCAACUGAGAGCUCUGACCUGUGGCCUUAGAGAAUUUAUACAUCUCUGCAAUCUAUUAUUUAUGCUGGAAAAGAUAAAAGUAUUUUUACAUGUGUUGAAGAUAAAAAUGAGUCUGUGCCCAUACUGCUGUUUGAAAGACUUUUGUUAGUGUUUAAAAAUAAUUCGAAAGCAUUCCCAGAACUAAGCCAAUUCUUUAUUGCCAAGGCCAUUUCAGGGGUUACGAGGUUCCCCUUAAUAUAGGACACGCAUCUUUGCGCAUUUCAUUUGUUUUUAAAUCUACAGUUUUAAUUUCAGUAUUUUGUGUCUGUACCUUGAUGUGUUUAUGGAAGCAGCUAAUGAACUGUCAAUGAACUGAUAUGUCAAUAAAUUCUGGACACGUU